UGGGGGAGAAACUCUGUUGGAGAUAUAGAAUUGUAGUUUGUAAAAGGUAACUAACAAUAUAUUUUCUAUCACAUUCUAUCUUAUUCUAUAUGAGUGGGCGGGGGAAGAUGUAGGGUUAAGGGUGGGGUAAGUUAAAAGUUUUCCUGGGACUUCAACUAGUAAAGACGCCCUCAGAGUUUCAGUCGUCGCCGUCGAAGUGAGUCGAUUUCUCCGGUGUUUCCAGUACAGUGUUAGAAGAAUGAAUCAUUACGUUCCUCUGGAUAUGUCGUCCAAGAAACAGUGUAACGCUUUUAGCAAUCGGCGUUACAUGCCGUAUGUUCCUCGAAGCAGUUAUACGCCAUCCGUUCCUCAAGAUGAAACUGCAUCGAGCAAGAAACUGUGGUGACGUGUAAGUACCAUAAAGCUACUACAUAUUUACACACAUUUUUUCCACAUAUAAUUGUAUUUAUUUUACUUUAUAUAUUCUUUCAGUUCUGAUGAACCUCAUAACCCACCGCGUAUCAUGUGCAGGAGGUUACCGCUGACAUCUGCAGCAUUCAAAUAUACAUAUAGAUAUUGGGAUCAGAGUAGUACCUCGUGCAUCCUACGUAGAAAUAAUUCUCGGCGAUAAUAAAGGACAUCAGAUGGAGUUAGAUCAAUCAAUUUGGAAAGAAGACAGAGAAAAUCCAUCAAAAAUAGACCAGCUGCUAAAGGCAACAGAUGCGGCAUCAUCAUCAGCGGUACAGCUUAAUCAUUUAGCUGUAGAACUAGUUAGAACGCGCCACGGAAAUAUUGUAAAAGUAACAUCAAAUAAUACUUCUAUGUACAUGAAACCAUCAACCAUAUCAUUUUUAUUUGAACUGGAACACUGUGUAGAUCGCAUAUAUUUUCAACUGUAUGAUGAUCUAGAAACAGUACAUGAGAUCUUCGAAGAACUCGUUGUGCGUUUACAAGAUAUAUGGAUGAGUGGCGAAAAAAAAUGUGAUACACCGAACGAUGCAGUUAAAAUCCUACACGACAUGUACUAUAAAAAUUCAAUCGAAAAUUGUGAAUUUAUUUCGAUCAUAAAGUGCGAAUUAAUGGCUUAUGCCGUAAAAGAAAUUCUUGCCGAAGCCAAAAGUCGGGGUGAUGUUGAUUUUGAUAAAAAUUGAGAUAAUAAAAUGAGAUUAAAAUUUUUUUAAUGGC